GUUACUUUGUUACCCGGGCAACACCAGCCCAUCGUUUCUUUUGACGAGCGAGGCUUUGAAUGAGAAGAAGGUAAAAACAUUUCGCUGUUAAAAGUGAAACAAUGUGUUAAAUGAGCUCCGCUUUACAGAGCUUUAAAAAUAACUUCAUUUUGCUCAGUUCAGAGAGAACCGACCGCGGCCGUUGACUUCAGAUGGAGGUCAAUCUGCUGCCAGAAAUGGAAGAGGAAGAGGACGACACAAAGGCUGUCCGUCAGUUACUUAUCCAGUGUGUGGGUUUAUCUGGUGUAAUUGAGGAAUCAUGGACAGAAGACAACUUGAAGUUGCUGGAUCGAUUUAUUUUGAACACAGAGAUCCCAUCUGUGGUAAUUUAUGUGCAUAAAUCCAGUGGGCUUCGAGUGGACUACAGAACCCCUUUACCGGAGGAGGUGGUUGAUGGGCCGUGCUACAUCACCCGCAUACCAGGAGCCGUGAUCAUGGAAGAAACGUUUGAGGCGGCUGUACAGUUUCACAGGGUAAAGGGUGAUCCCCUCCACGCUCUGCUUGAAGACAUGACCUGCCUACCCGCCCCCCUAGUGGCCAGGUUUAAGGUCGACUACAUCGAGAACAUGGACUGCUUCAUCAAAUUACAAGAUCGCUUCCUGCAAGCAGAGUCGAACAAGAAGUUCCUGUCCAUCCUGAAGGAGCCGUGUGAGGAGCUCUCCCAGCUCAAGCCCAGACAUAUCCCCUCAAAGCUGGAGCACAUUGUCAGUCUCAUUCGUAUCAUCUGGAACAACUGCCCCCACUAUAACAGCAGCAGCAACAUCACUGAGCUCUUCUGCCAGAUGAGUAAUGAGAUUGUGCGUGUGUGCACACAAAGCCUCUCCCUGCACAAGAUGUUUGAUAAUUAUUCAUCCUCCAUCAAGCAAGACCUGGAAGACUGUGUCCAGUGCUGCGUGUCCUGGAAGGACACUUACCACCACGUCUCACAGAUUCAUCUCAAGCAUUCUCACAAAGACUGGGUCGUGGAUGAAACAAAGGCGUUUUGGGUGAUUGAUGUGUUCAUUAGGAGGCUCAGAAACCUGCUCAAGGUUUGUGAGUACCAGCACCUGUUUGCCCGCUGGAUGGAAGGUUGGCAGAGAGACAUACCAGAGCUGACUCCCAGGCUUGAGCAGAUCGAGGCUGAAUUCCAUCGCUGUCUGCAGAACCUGCGCUCUAUUGAUGAGAGCAUCCUCAGCGUCAGAGAUCCCACACAGAACGAUGACUUAGACAGUUUUUGUGCAUUUGUGGAGCAGCUGGAAAUGCUCCUGAGGAACCUGAUAAAUUUAGCGUUUAAGUCCGUGAACACAGUUCAGGAAGGACUCCGACUUCUGGAUAUUUUCAGGCCCGUGUCGUCAAGCGAGGACAUCAAACACUUAUGGGAAAAGAAGGCAGAGGAAGUGUACAGCAUAUUUAAUGAAGAGCUCAAACUGGCAGGAGAGGAACUGAACCAGAGGGAUUGGUACACUCCGGACCACGUGCCAACGUUGGUGAGCCACAUUCAGAGGACCAGAGGCCUCAAACAACACUUAAAUGGACUUAUGGAGCUCCUUCAAAAGGCCUACUUCAUGUCUGAUUCUCCCAGCCGGAAGCAGAUAAGCAUUACCCACGGCCAGCUGGUCCAGGUGUUAGAUGAGAUUGUGAGGAAAAACUACUUAGAGUGGAUCCAGAAGCUGGACAGACAGAUUUACAUGAAACUGAAGCAGCCGCUCCUGAAGUGCCACAACGACACUUUCUCCACACUGACUGUCAACUUUGACAACAACCUGUUGAUUUUGCUUUCUGAGAUCCAUUACUUGGAGCAACAGAAGUUUGACAUCCCCCAGAAUGUGUCUGACAUAUACAAGAACAUGGAGGACAUCAGAGUCUUGAGGGGGAAUGUGCUGCUGCUGGUCAAGAACUACCAAAGGAUUCUAAGAACGCUGUCCCCAGAAGAGCUGAAUCUGUUUCAGGAUAAAAUACGUUCCAUGGACCAGAAGAUUCAGCCGGGUUUGACAAAGCUGACGUGGUUUACUAAAGCAGCUUCUAACAACUUCACCAAUGACUGUCUCCUCUACACUGACAAGAUCCAGUCAUUUGUCGAUGAGUACAAUGCAUGCGACCUGUCCAUCUCCAAACUUUGUUUGCAAAUUAGUGAAACGUUGCUGGUAAACAUCAAUGGCAAGACUGUGUACAGGAAUUUGGAGUUUGUGGAUGACCAGAAAGCUCACCAGCAGAGCUGUCUUCAAAUCUUGUGCUCACUGCACCAGGACAUCGUUAACACCAUGACCCACAUCUACAGCAUCUUUGAUGAUGAUGGAGUUGAGGUCCAGGAGCAGUGGGUGGCCUACACAGUGAAGGUGGACCACAUGGUAGAAGAAGCGUUUCACUGUAAUAUCAGGAACUCCAUGAAGAAGCUAUCCAGUGCCAUCAAUGGUGAAAACAAGAACGUGCCCAGCCCUUUGUUUAAAGUCCUGGUAGUUCUGCAGCAAAUAUCUGCUCAAGCCCCACCAAAGGUGGAGUUCUCACCAUCUCUGAGCCAGCUCGUUCAGAUGGUUGACAUUUUGCCUCAGCUCAUCAGUGUCAUUUCAGAAUUUAAACGACUCCCUGACCUUCUCACCAGCUCAGAGUCUGAGGAGAAUCCCAUCUACGUGAACAUAGAGCAAGAUGAAGGGAUUCGAAAGAUCCAGGCUGACAUUACAGCAGGGAUGUCAGCCAAUGCCAGCAACUUGCAGGUUUAUUUGCAGAACUGGGAUAAAUACAGGGCCAUCUGGGAGAUGGACAAGAACUUCUUUAUAAAGUGCUACAAGAGCAAGAACCCUCCAGUGUCUUCUUUUGACGUGGACAUACAAAGGUUGAAAACACCUCCCCAGACACCGGCUGAGCUCAGUGAGAGCUUAAAGCUUCUGGAGACCCUCCAGGGCAACAUGGCGCAGACAGAAGCUCAGAUUUCUCUCGUCCAUGAACAAUUUGGUAUCCUUGACAAAUAUGAGGUCCAUGUGGAAACGUCUGUCCGGGCGAUGCACGAGGGGCUGAAUGUGGAGUGGGUCGCUUUUCAGCAGGUGUUGAUCGACGGUGACAUCAUGUUGCAGAAGCAGAAAAUAACGCUUAAGAACAAUUUUAUUCUCUCCUACGAGGAGCUGAAGAAGAAGACUGAGGCUACUGUGGAGGAGUUCAACACCAAAGGUCCGUUUCAGAGUACGCUAAGCAUUGACUCUGCCUUGGAUCUAAUAGCAGAGCAUCGCAUCCAACUGGAGGCUCUAAAAGAAAAGGAAAACACAGUUUUUGAUGGGCUGGCCUUCUUCAAGCUCAAACAGCCCCCCUCUAAAAAGAUCCAGAUGCUGGAAAAGGACAUAGAGAAGCUUCAAGAAGUCUGGGAAAUCACUAAGGAGUGGGAUGCCAAGUGGAACGAGUGGAAGGUUGUUCAGCUUGCUAAGCUGCAGAUGGAGAACAUGGAAAGCACAGCGCAGGAGAUGUUCCAGAAGCUCCAUGUCCUCCAGAGAGAACUCAAGAAUAAAUCGUGGGACAUAAUGGAAUUCACCAAGAUAAAGAUUGAACAGUUCAUACACCUCAUUCCUCUGUUCACUGAUCUGAAGAAUCCAGCCAUGAGAGACAGACACUGGAAGGAGCUCUGUGGGAAGUUGCAGUUUUCCUUUGACCACAGCAGCACUGAAUUCACCUUGGAGAAGAUCGUGUCUCUGGGCCUGGACCAUUUUGCCGACCAAAUCUGCGAAAUCUCCGCAGCUGCCAGCAAAGAGCUCUUAAUAGAACAUGGUUUGAUUUUCACCAAGACCUGGCAGGACACGUUGCUGGAAGCAGUGCCACACAAAGAACAAGGCCACUUCAGACUCAGGGGCACUGCAGACAUUUUCGAGACACUGUAUGACAACCAAGUUAUUUUGUCCACGAUGAAGGCGUCACGGUUCGUUAAAUCCUUUGAGCAGCAGGUGAACCAGUGGGAACAGCAGCUGUCUCACAUGCUGGAUGUCAUUGAGAUGAUUCUCACUGUGCAACGCAACUGGAUUUACCUGGAGAAAAUUUUCCAAGGAAAAGACAUCAGAGAACAGCUCCCUCAUGAGUGGAAUGAGUUCGAAGGUGUUAGCGCCAAUUGGAAAACCAUAAUGGGCCAUCUCCACAAGAACAACAACGCGUUGACAGGGACACAACAUCCUGGCAUGUUAGAGGGUCUGUCAGAAAUGAACAACAAGCUUGAGAAAUCCUUGGACAUGUAUCUGGAGACCAAGAGGCAGAUCUUCCCGAGAUUCUAUUUCCUGUCUAAUAAUGACAUGCUGGAGAUCCCGGGACAGUCCCAGAACCCAAGCCCUAUGCAGCCCUACAUGAAGAAAUGUUUUGACAAUAUCAAGAGCAUAAAGCUUGAAAAGGACACAGUUUAUGAGUAUUAUGUGGACCAUAAAACCAAUCCUGGAUUUCCUUUGAAGAUCAGCUGCCAAAAGGCUGGCACUACAGCACUACGUGAGUCACCAGGGCUCCUCAUUGUCCAAGUACUUCCAUUCUAUGAGAUUAUGGUUCCCACUGUGGACACAGUUCGCUACAACUUGUUGAUGAAAGCUCUGGUGUUGAAUCAGUACCAGGUGUUGCUCACUGGACCGGUGGGAACUGGUAAAACCUCCGUGGCCCAGAGUGUCCUGCAGGGGCUGGAUAACAAGUGGGCUGCCCUCACUAUCAAUAUGUCUUCACAGACCACCUCCAACAACAUCCAGGAUAUCAUAGAGAGCUGCACAGAAAAAAGGAACAAAGGCCUGGUCAUGCCAGCCGGCGGGAAGCAGAUGGUGUGUUUCCUGGACGACCUCAACAUGCCGGCCCAGGACCUGUUCGGGUCCCAGCCGCCACUAGAGCUGCCACGCUUCUGGAUCGACUAUGGCUUUUGGUACGACCGCCAGAAACAGACCCUAAAGUUUGUCAAGGUCAUGUUCUUGGUGGGGUCCAUGGGCCCCCCUGGUGGAGGAAGGACUCGGAUCUCACCCCUGCUUCAAAGUGGGUUCAACCUCAUCAAUAUGACCUUUCCUCAUGAGUCACAAAUCACAAGCAUCCACAGCACUAUGAUCAAGCAGAAGCUGCAGGCGUGUGUGGAACCGGUGAAGCGUACCGGAGAGAUUGUGACUCAGGCCACUUUAGAGCUGUAUAAUGGCGUCUUGGCAUCUUUUCUUCCCACUCCAGCCAAGAUACACUACGUCUUCAACCUCAGAGAUAUCUCUAAGGUUUUCCAGGGAAUGCUAAAAGCUCAUCCAGGGAUUCAUGUAACCCAAAACAGCAUCACCAGACUGUGGAUCCAUGAGUGUUUUAGAGUGUUUUCAGAUCGGCUUGUGAACCAAAGUGACAUGAACCCUUUUGUAGCUCUUCUGAAGAAAAAGCUGUCCUCACAGUUCAGCCUGAAUUUCUACAGCAUCUGUCCCAACAGACAGCCGCUAAUAUUUGGUGAUUUCUUAAGCGACUCUUCGGGCUAUGAGGACAUUCUGAACAUGAAGGGUCUGAAGAAGUUCAUGGAGACGAAGCUGGAAGACUAUAACCUGACGCCUGGAGUGGUUCCCAUGAGCCUCGUGCUCUUUCAAGACGCCAUCAAACACAUAACCCGUGUUGUGCGUGUGACCAGUCAGCCCCGAGGCAACAUGCUUCUCAUCGGUAUCGGGGGCUCGGGGAGACAGAGUUUGUCCAAGAUGGCCGCCUACAUCUAUGAAUACCAGGUGUUCCAGGUGGAAGUGACCAAACAGUACCGCAAACAGGAGUUCAGAGCUUUAUAUCAUGUUAUAAUGUCAUUCCCUCAUCACAAACAUAUCCAGAGUGUUGAUUUGACUCAAUCGGAGUGGCUGCUGAAUGAGGCGAGCGGCUCGUUACUGGACGAUGAGCAGCUGGGGGACACCUUGCAGACCUCCAAAGAUACGGCCAAGCAAGUUUCUGAGCAAGUGGUGAGCAGCGAGCGGACCGAGAAGAACAUCGACUCUGCAAGAGAGGCCUAUCGUCCGUGUGCCCAGAGAACCUCCAUUCUCUUCUUCAUUCUAAGCAACCUGAACCUGAUCGACCCCAUGUACCAGUUCUCUCUGGAUGCCUACAUAAAUCUGUUCAUCCUCAGCAUAGAAAAGAGCAAACGCAGUGAAACCCUGAAGGAAUGGAUCAAAAACCUCAACGACUGCCCCAUGUACGCCGUGUACAGCUACACAUGUCGGGGUCUGUUUGAGUCUCACAAGCUUCUCUUCAGCUUCCAGAUGUGCGUCAAAGUCCUGGAGGUGACUGGAGAACUCGACGAGAACGAGUACGCCGUCUUACUUCGAGGAGGAACGGUUCUCGAUAAAAACGACCGACCGGAGAACCCGUGUGCCAGCUGGCUGUCAGACUCCAGCUGGGUCAGCAUCACACAGCUGGAGAAGCUGAAGAGCUUCGGCGGCAUCGUGCCGUCCUUCGAACGUCGAGCUAGAAACUGGAAGCUGUGGUUUACUAAAGCUGAGCUGAAGAACGCCAAACUGCCAGGUCUGUGGGAGAAAAAGCUCACCGAGCUCCAGAAGAUGCUGAUAGUGCGUUCUUUACAUCCCUCCUUCAUAGGCUACAUAUGUAUCCGAUUUAAAAUCGCAUACCUGGGCUGCCGCUUCGUGGAGCCUCCCGUCCUCGACAUGAAGGCGGUCGUGGAGGAGUCCGCCAGCUGCCUUCCUCUGAUCUUCGUUCUGUCCCCUGGAGUGGACCCCACGGCAGCCCUGCUGCAGCUGGCCGAGGCUUCCGGCAGGAGCAGAGACGUCCACUCUCUCUCUCUGGGCCAGGGUCAGGCGCCCAUCACCGAGCGAGUGAUAGAGGAGGGAGUCAAGAAAUGUUACUGGGUGUUCCUUGCCAACUGCCACCUCUCUCUCUGGAUGCCUGAGCUGGGUAAGCUCAUUAAGCAGCUCCAGAAGCCCCGUCCAGACUUCAGACUCUGGCUCAGCUCGUCUCCACACCCAGAGUUCCCCAUCACCAUCUUGCAGGCUGGCAUCAAGAUGACCACUGAACCACCGAAGGGAGUGAAAGCCAACAUGAAGCCUCUGCAUCAGCUGGUGACCGAAGCCCAGUUCAGCCGCUGCUUGAGAGCCGAGCCCUACAGGAAGCUGCUCUUCUCCCUCUGCUGCUUCCACAGCGUCCUGCUGGAGCGGAACAAGUUUCAUCAGACGGGCUGGAACAUCGUCUACGACUUCAAAGAUUCAGAAUUCGAGGUGAGCGAGAAGCUGCUCUGCCUCUACCUGGAUAAGUAUGAGGAGAUUCACUGGGACGCUCUCAAAUACCUCAUCGCCGACAUCAUCUAUGGUGGUCACGUCACAGACGUUCUGACCACCUACAUCAACGACUUCUUCUGUGAGGCUGCUGUAACUGAGCCACACUUCAAGUUGUCAGUUUUACCCACCUAUCAUAUAUCCAGCGACGGCUCCCACUCAGAACACCAGGAAUAUAUCAGCCUUCUGCCGUCCACCGAGCACCCAGAGGUGUUCGGCCAGCACCCGAACGCCGACAUUGUGAGCCAGAUCACCGAGACCAGGACGCAGUUCGACACCCUGCUUGCCCUGCAGCAGCAGGUCACCAGCACCUCCACGGCCGGGUCCAGGCCCAGCAGAGAGGACACAUCAUGUCGAUGUUUGUUAAGAGACGUCAGAGGGAAAAUCCCAGCGCCGAUCGACUGCGAGAAAACCAACCCCUCCUCACCUCUCAACGUGGUCUUGCUGCAGGAGAUCCAGAGAUACAACUCUGUCCUGGAGACUAUUGUGUACGAGCUGCUUCCUUUUGAGCUGGAGAACAGCAUUAAAGGCUUCGUGGUGAUGGAGGAGACCUUUAACUGCAUCCACGACGCUCACGUGCCUCCACUGUGGGGGAAGGCGUACCCGUCUCUGAAGCCCCUGGCAGCGUGGACCUGAGACCUGUGCCAGCGAGUCCAUCAGUUCUCUCUCUGGGCGCAGACGGCGCAGCCCCCCGUCCAGUUCUGGCUGUCCGGCUUCACCUUCCCCAACGGUUUCCUCCCCGCCGUGCUGCAGACCAAGGCCCGGCAGAACAACGACGGGGUUUUUAUCAAAGGUUUGUUCCUGGAGGGGGCAGCCUGGGACAAUCUGAACUCCUGCCUGGUGGAAGCUGGACCCAUGCAGAUGAUCUGUCCCUUUCCCACCGUCCACUUCAAAGCUGUGGAAAACCACAAGAAGAUGUCCAAGAAUCUGUACCUGUGCCCGUGUUACUACUUCCCAGUGCGGCUGAGGGCCGGGCAGCCAUCUUUUAUUAUCGGCGUCCAACUAAAUUCUGGAGACAAGAGUCCGGAUCAUUGAAUGAAGAGCGGAAUGGCUCUUCACAUGAGUCUGGACAACAAGAGAGGUUUUCCUUUAGUUUGGUUGUUUAUAAGUUGUUCACUGUUCUUGUUUUUUAACGUUAAAGUGCAAUUUUAAAGCAAACAAGUCAUUUUUUUUGUCAGUUAAUCCACGUUUUCUUCCAUUCUCUGGUAUUUGUUCACCAAUAAAUCUGUCCGUUUUUGCA